CCAGAGACCCUGAAAUAACCAGAGCAGUGAAGACCCAGAGACGGGGUCAGGAAGUGAGUUCAGAGCAUCUUGACACUGUACCUGACUCCAUCUCUGCAUCAAGACUACGGCCGAAGACUACUUCAAAGAGAGCACAAUGGACGGAACCAGAACAUCCCUCUGGCUGUUUCUCCUGCUCAACCAGCUGCCAUUCUGUCCUGCUGAUGCAGGACAAGGUUCUUCAACCAUGCAGACAAAUACAUACGCAACAAAAGAACCCAGUGGCAGCUCAGUCCAUUCCAUGGAGACCAGCCUCACUACUACUGACCACACAAACUCUCCGGAUACAGACAGCAACGGCACUCGUGCUGACUGCUUAAUCGACACUGAGAUGGGUCUGGUUGCUAUAGGUUCAGCAGGGGGGCUGAUUGUCUGCCUUCUGGUUGCCACCGUGGUAUUGGCAUGUCAGGUCUGCCACAUUCAGCGCCGGGUUUAUGCCCCCCGAGCCUCCCGGUCUAACAUGGACUUGGUGAGCCGUGCAAGCUACUGGGACAUUGAUCAGCCAGAGGUUGGAGGAAUGGUUGGGCCGUGCGACGCCAGUGUUGUGCUAGAGGAGGUGAGAGCACAAAGCGAGAUGGAGGAAGAGAGGCACGCUAAAAUACAAGGGGUGAAGGAAGAGGCUGGGGUGGGACUUGAGGAAGGGGCCACGGCGAUGGCUUUUGACCCAGAAGAGAGGGCCAGUGAGAUGCAGUGUGCCAGUUCCAGGGACUCCUGUCUGGAGGUUCCCAGGGAUCUGGAGGACAUGCCCCUUGUUGUGUGAGGAGAUAACCUCAGUAAACUCUUCAGUCAAGACAAACAGCAGCCAGUCAGUUCAGCUAAUGAGCUUUGCUUUAACUUAGCAUGUUUGUUUCUUUCCAAUUUAUUACACAAUUUAACUAAACCCCUAGUAAAAAUAAACUAGUGCCGACACAAUAGCUAUAUCCCAUACUGAAAAACUACUGUUUUUGGAAACCUUGGCGACAAAGAAAUAGAUUUUUCAACAAAACCUUUAUUUCACAGAAGAAAAGACACCAAAGUAGUGAAAUUUUAUAUAUAUAUUAUAUAUAAGAACAAGUUAACAACUUUACAAGAUUGGUGUACUCCACUGCACUCCACUGUACUUUACUGGA